AUGUACUUGAAAUUAGCAUUCUUGUUUAUGGCUACUCUAGCAAUAAGUUUGGCUAAAGUUGAUAAAAAGAGAGUUAUUCUAGUUGACUAAAUAGGAUAAAAUCUUCUUUUUAGGACAAAUUCUCCAGCUGAUCCUGAUAACUAAACUUAUGAAUUAGACACCUUAUUUUCCUAUAUGAAAGAAGUUGCUCAAGCAAAUAAUAUUUAAUUCCCUGAGAAUUUCACUGUUGAUGCUUAUUCUCUUCUCAAUGUAUUUGAGCCCUCUCAUAGAAAUCCUGAGAUUGAAUACUUUAAAGAGCAUCCUAACUACAAACUAUACCAUAAGGUUAUAAUAGGUAAUUUUAUAAGCCCACUAAAUUACCCAGCAUUUAUUAGAAAGUUCAUGGCUGAAACAUAUGAAUAUUGGAAUUUCGAUUAGCUUUAAAAGCUAGUUAAAAGAAUGAAUGAAAAUCUUGCUCAAUAAGAAGAAAUCCCUAAAAUAAUUUUCUUCCACUGUGUAGCUGGUGAAGAUAGAACUGGUGAGGUAUUUGGUGCCUAUAAAAUGUAUAUUAAUGGAUGGACCUACUAACAAGCUUUAGAUUUUGAUAAUCAUGUUAUGGAUAGAAAUAUAAAAAAAAUGAGUGAAAAUGGAAUGAACUGGUUUUGUUGGUAUUUAAAAUAUGUUCAUAAUAUGGAAAAUGAUUGUGAUUAUUAUUCUUGA